AUGCAGCUAGAGGAGAGCAAGGUCAUGCGGGAGCAGAGAGCCGUGGAGUCUCUGGCACGCGUCAAGGCGAUUCAGGAGAGGUCGAGGAUGGGUAAGCUUAUCUAUAGCAAGGUGGAUGAUGUUUGUGUUGAUGAGCUCAAUGAGCUGCUCCGUGGGCUUGCACGGAUCGGUCAGGAAAUUCGAGCCCUACUUGAUCCUCCUCCUUGGGUUGAGAUCGGCGGAUCGUCGAGAGGUCCACCGCCUUUGCGGCUGUUCUCUCCGCCGCAUUCUCAGGUACAAGAGCCACCACGACGUUUGCCAUGGGUUUCCUCACAAUCACAACCAUCCUUGUCGUCUUUAAGAUCAUCGUGCACUCUUCCGCAGUCGAUAAGGCCACAGGUCUCUGUUAUGAGUCCACCUGUGCAGCCAUCGUCUCUACAAGCCAUAUCGAGGAUGCUGCUUCGACACACUCAGUUGUCACGACGCCCAGCUUCCUUGAUGGUGCGACCACAAGCACCUGUGAUGAUGCCCCUACCUAAUGAAGCCCACCAGUACAACUAUCAGAGCCUAGGGGUGGACAUCACUGGUAACACCUCCGGACAUUUCUCGCAAACUUCUAUGCUAUCUUCACUACCACCACCACCACCACCACUGCCCACAUCAGCACUACAAAUUCCUUCACAACGACCUGUAGAAGUUGAGAUUCCUUUCGAAGCACUAAAUUUUAAUCCAGAUGUGCAGUCAGAGAACCAUGCAAAUCCUCACUCAAUCUUAGAAAAUAAUGACGAAGUUUCACAUUUCUUUGGCGGCAUUGGUGGGACCACACCCACUCACUCGUUUACAGGCAACGAGCAACCUUCACUUAUUCCUUGUGGUGCUAGUGGAGGCCACCAUGCUCCUGGUUGUCACAACGUUCCCUGUCCUUCUGGCUCGAAUGGAGAAACUUAUGAGUGGCUCAAGACCUUAUUAGAGUCUUCUUCCGAAGGAGGAAGUUCUAGUGAUGAUGAUGGUGCUGGAGAUAGUCUUGGUAAUAUGGAUUGGUUUGGUGAUGAUAAUUGA